AUGACGUUCUCAGCCUGCGAUCACUGCCUGCGGGCUUUGGAGACGGCGGAGGAAAACGCCCAGCGGCUGCUGGGGAGAAGCUCCCAGGUGCUGCCUCACCCAGAGCAGUGCAGCAUCCGGAAAGACCUGCACCACCAGUGUCCCCAGUGCCAGGUGACGUACUGCAGUGCUGAAUGCAGGCAGUCCGCUUUGGAGCAGUAUCACCAGGUCCUCUGCCUCGGCCCGUCCCGCGAGGACCCCACGCACCCCCUCAACAAGCUGCAGGAGGCAUGGAGAAACAUGCAUUACCCACCGGAGACUUCCAGCAUUAUGCUGAUGGCCAGGAUGGUUGCCACCGUCAAACAGGCUAAGGACAAGGACUGGUGGAUCAAGGUCUUCUCCCAGUUCUGCAGUAAGACAGCAAACGAAGAGGAGGAGAUUGUGCAUAAGCUGCUGGGGGACAAAUUUAAGGGCCAGCUGGAACUGCUGCGGUUGCUCUUCACGGAAGCUCUUUACGAUGAACACGUCAGCAGGUGGUUCACUCCUGAAGGCUUUCAAUCCCUCUUUGCCCUCGUUGGGACCAACGGCCAAGGCAUAGGAACCAGCUCUCUGAGCCAGUGGGUACAUGCUUGCGAUGCCCUGGAUCUCCCCAUGCCGCAGCGAGAGCAGCUGGACGCCUUCAUCGACCAGCUCUACAAGGAUAUCGAGAAGGAGUCAGGAGAGUUCCUCAACUGCGAGGGAUCGGGUCUCUACGUGCUCCAGAGCUGCUGUAACCACAGUUGCAUCCCCAAUGCUGAGACGUCUUUCCCGGACAACAACUUCCUCCUGCAUCUGACAGCCCUGGAGGACAUCGAGGCAGGAGAGGAAAUCUGCAUCAGUUAUUUAGAUUGCUGCCAGAGGGAUCGGAGCAGACACAGCCGCCACAAGAUACUCAGGGAGAACUACUUGUUUACCUGUUCGUGUCCCAAGUGCCUAGCGCAAGCCGACGAUGCCGACGUGACGUCGGACGACGAGGAGGAGGGCGAAGGGGAGACGGAUGAUGCUGAGCUGGAGGAUGAGAUGACCGACGUUUGACCCUGGGCCCCGGAGGAAAGAGAAAGGCGGGGAAGAGGGGGUCCUCCAAGACGCAGCAGCUUUAAUACUAGAAACAGGGUUGUGUUGUGGGGUCGGGGUGGGAGGCCACGUGCUGGCAGUGGGCACGAAGGUCUGGUGGUGUGGGGCAGCGAGGGAGCCGGAGGCAGGCCCUGCUCCUGGCUGUCCUUGUUGUGCGCUCUGUGCGUGCGUGUGCGUGCGUGCGUGUGUGUGUGUGUGUGUGUGCGCGAUGCUAUCCCCAUCCUCCCUGCGAGGAGAGCUCGUGAGCUGCAUUUCCAGUGGUCCUCCAGUGCAUCCUGGUCCCUGGCGGUGCCUGCCGUUGCUUGCAGGAGAUGCUAGAGGAAAGCGGGGUCCGGCCAGCCCUUGGGCCAGGGUAGGGGACGUCACAGGCUAGCAGCGGUUGUGUUGUGGCCACCUCCAAGGCUGCUCUGCCGUGUCUGUGCCGGCCGCGGAUGCGGAGGAGCGUGCCCUUUCCUACCCCGCAGGGAUGAGGGGAAUGUGCAUGUGUGCGUGUGUUUGUGCACGAGGGUUACUAUUUAAUGUCUAUAUUAGCACUAUCUACACACUAAGGAGCUGGGGUCCUUAUAUAUACUCCAUUUCACCUUGGCUUGGCUUGCAGCAAGCAAGGGGUGAAGUGAUUCUGCAGGUGGGACAGGGAUGGGUUAGGGGUGGCUCAGCGAGCCCAGCGAGGAGAGAGGGGCCGGGGCUGGCACGGGCAUCCCUCCUGCCUGGUGUCCUUGGGAGCUCCAGUCCCGCAGACAGGGCGUGCAGAGGGCACAGAGGGGUAUCAGACCUUGCUAGGAGCAUCUGUCCUCUUGUAGGGCUGCAGGAUGGGGCUGAGGAGGAAGAGACCUGCCUUGCCAAAGCCCAGCCUGGCUUUGCAUCCUUCAGGGGAGACCCGUGUUUCUUUGCCAGGUGCCUCUCGGGCAGCAGUGUGGGCAAGCCUUUGUGGCUCUGCGAGCUCGAUAGGGCUGGCAGCUCUUGCUCUUGUGUUGAACAUGAUCCUGGCAGCCGCUCUGAGACAUCCCACUGUUUGUUGGGUGCCGGAGAUGGGGCUAGGCGCUUGGUGCCUGCAGACCCCGGGCUGUUACAGCUGGGUUGUGCUGGCCCCAGCCUCACUGAUACCCACGUACCGCCAAGUGCACGUUGAUGCCAUCGGGACAAAACACUGAGGCUGGUUGCUUUUAUUUCCUCUUCCGGCUCGUGUCUGCUAUGAACUGUUGUUUCUGACUGAUUCUUGCUGGAUACGAGGGACAGUAUUUCCUUUGAACGAUGCAAAGCCCUGCGCAGCGAUCGCUAGGCUGUUCAGGGAGGGGGGGGUGUCCAGCCAGGCUGCUGCUAGCGCAGAGCUAACAUGGGCUAUGGCAUUGCAUAAGCAAAGUCAUCUCCCAAAAGCCAAAAGGGACCCCCUGGAGCCAGGCUGCUGUGGGGCAUGAGCCGACCCUCCAGGGCGUCCUGCCGCAGGCUGCAUCAGGAGGACGGGUGCGAGCAGGAGCCAUCGUACCGGGGCCGCAGCGUGGCGCUUGCGUGUUUCCAGGCGCAAUACAGGAUGCUGGCAGGAGUUAGCGCUGACUCCAGGCACCGCGUGGAGAUGUCACCGGACCCAGAGGCUUGUCAUCCACCCCGUGCUGUUGGGACCCUGGGAAGCUCACCUGGGCGGCGAAGCUUGGCCCCGUCGUUUCACUUCCCGCUUCUCGCGCUAGCACGAUGCGGUGGCCGGGUCUCUGCAUCGUGAGGUUGGACGGUGCUUCCCCCCAGCUGGCGCUUUCGGUCCCCUCCCCACGGCCCCAGUCUUGCCUUAAGACUUGGGUUUUACCUCCUCCUGGGCUGCUCAUGGAGGGGAGCAGUUGCUUUGGUUUGGGUUUGGGCCUCGGCGCGGGCAGAAACGUACCCGCGGCGGCUGGAUCGCGGGACCGAGGGGGAUGCUGCAGGGAAGCAGAAACGGGCACCCCCGACACUAUUGUCCCCACCAGCCCUGCACCCCUGCUGCUUGUCCCCAGCCCCGAGGCGUCCUGGGGCCUUGCGCCCUUCAGUGUUCGUAAUAAACUGAGACUGG